GUGGUGGAGAGUGUAUACGAGUUCCAGGCCAGUUGGGUCACCCCAGAUGACUUGGGAUGAGUUUGCUAGUGCCUUUUAUGACCGUUUCGUCCCCUGGAGUGUGAAGGAAGAGAGCCGAUUACGGUUUGAGAAUUUGAGGCAGGAGGGACUUACAGUUGCUGAAUAUGAGACUCGUUUCUACCAGCUGUCCAGACAUGCCGUGGCUGUCCUUCCUGAUGAGACAGAGCGGAUUCGCAGAUUUGUGCGAGGACUGAACUAUACUAUUCGUACAGCAGUUUUUCGACCGGCCCGUGAGGGCGCUUCUUUCCAGUCCAUUGUGGGUGCUGCCAAGGAGGCGGAGUUGAUGGAGAGAGAGGAGUUCGGGGACCCCAAGAGGGCCCGUGCUUCUGGUCAGUUUUCGGGUACCUCAUUUGGAGGUAAAGGGUCCUAUAGAGGAGGUGGUUCCUUUCAGCGUAGAGGGCCAGUUCAUGCAUCUAUGCCAGCUUCUGAGGAUGGUCAGACACCUCGUGGGUCAUAUAGUACAGGUCAGAGUUACCAGGGGUCGCAACAGAGGCAGAUGAGUCGGGGUAGUUAUACAAGUUCUGCAGGUUCAUCGCAGAGGUUUUCGCAUGGGAAAGUAUGUUAUACUUGUGGUGAUCCAGAUCAUCUUUCAUGGCAGUGUACAUCUCAGGGUCGAGGAGGAACCCAGCCUAGUUCUUCAGUUUUAGUUAGAGGAUCAGCACCGCCGGUCAGAGGUCGAGGUAGAGCCCAGGCUAGUAGAGGUGGUCGCACUCCUGGUAGGGGUGCUAGUGGUGCUAUAGUCCCUCAGGGAGGAGGUAGAGGUGUUGGGCAGGUCGGAGGUGGUAGGGGAGCUCAGUGUUAUGCUUUUCCAGGGAGACCCGAGGCUGAGGCUUCUGACGCCGUUAUCACAGUGGAGUUGGAUCCAGACUUGACAUUUGAGGAGGAACCUAUAGCCAUUCUAGAUAGGCAGGUUCGUAAGCUUAGAACCAAGGAGAUAGCUUCAGUGAAGGUACAAUGGAAGCACCGUUCCGUCGGAGAGGCGACUUGGGAAACAGAGGCUGAUAUGCGCGCUAGAUAUCCCCAGCUUUUCGAAGCUUCAGGUACCUCCUUUUACUUUAUGUUCGAGGACGAACAUGAUUUUUAGUGGUGGAUAAUGUAAUGACCCGUUUGG